UGGUUGGCACUCGUACACAGUUUGGCGUCUACAUCCUUAUGAAUGCGCGCACUUUCGUAGGUGCUUUACUAUAGCCUCAAAAUCUAAAGCAGGGGUUUCUAACACUUCCCUCACGUGUCAUAAUCUGACUGUAAUUUUUGUUUAUUGGUACUUUCGGUAUUUUUCAAAGCAGUUUUGUGUAUUAUACCUUUAACACUUCUAAUAUACAUUUAACAUUUCUCAUAUACACUUCUCGUUUACAUUUGACAUGGAGGAAAACGAUGAUAAAUCUGACUUGGAAGAAGUGCUGUCCAACUACGACGACGAUGUUUCAGAAGUUAAGGCGAACAGUGGUCCAGUAUCUCCCCUUUCGAUUAUCGACGGCAGAGCAGAAAGCCGUAGCCCCGUGAAUAGCUUCUUCGAUUUCACCAAUAAAAACAAUCCACCCAGUGUAUUGUCCUCUCCAGAUCCCGGAAGUCUUCGUCGCGACAACGUUAACGGUGGUAAUCACGAGCCACAGUCAGUGCGGUUAAUUAGCUCCCCACUUAGUGUCCGAGAUGAUACUUUGGACUCGCCACCCAGCUCGAAAGCCGUGUCGCCAACAAAAGUACCAAUUCCUCGGCGUCUUUCCAUUCCCCAACUGAAUCUAACAACCGUGAUUAGUCCGCUCAGUCCUCUGUCGGAUGCUUCGGUUGAGAAAGAUGACGCCGCAGAAAAGCAAUAUGUCAAUACGAUCCCGAAAGUGACCUCAAUGCCGGUUGUCAUUCCCGUGUUGACCCAAUUAAAACCUAAACGUCUUGUGAAAAAAGAGGACAGAAAAGGUGUAAUUUCCUUAAAGACACCGGAGAAAAAGAAAAUUAAGGACACCGUUGCCGCCGGGAAAACUGCACCGACGAAAUCUAGCGCGGCUCCACUACGAGAGAAAGCACAAAAUAAAACGAUUACACAGCCGUUUAGAACUGUCUCCAAAGAGAAACGCGUUAGUGAAAGUCCAAGGAAAACUGUUAAAAGGAAUCCAAAAAAAUUUCUAGAACGGCAAGACUCUUUCCCGGAACAAGUAUUGGUUAAAAAUCCAACGCAGCCAGUCCGCACUGCUACCAAAGAAAGGCAAAAUCCUGAAAAAAUAAUUAAGAAAGCCAAAACGACGCAACUGAUGAAACAGCAGCCGCAAAAGCAAAAGCUGCAGCCGCCUACUUUACAACGUCCAGACAGGGCAAAACAAUUACAAAGUCAGGACGAAGCAGCACAGAAGGAGAACAAAACAAUACCUGGUCUUCGCAAGCCAGUCCGAAACCAAAGUAAGACGCUGGUCGCAAAAAUUGAAGAAACGCCGCUAAAAGAACAGCCCUUAAAGAUUGGUAAAAGCACUAAAAAUCCCUCCGGAAACCAACCGAAGUCUGUGAACGCGGUGCGUACGACCAUUGUUACAAAAAAGUCCUUAAAUUCGACAUUUACGAUUGGCCGCGUGGAUGAGAGUCAGUCAAAGCCGGUAAAUAUCCGACUGCGCCAUUUAUCUGUCAAAUUGCCAAAGUUCCCUUUAAAGCAAACCACUUCGAAGCGUCACAAGCGUGCUCGUACUGCAUCCGCUGUUAAAGAGCGCAAAGCAGUAGACGAAAUGUCCAAAUCCAGUAAAAUUUAUUUAUCGACGGGAGUGGUUAAUGGAAGCCAAAAAGAUGAAAACGCAGAUGAUGCCGUUCACCUGGAUAAAACACUGCAGCGCUUGGUGGAUUUCACGGUGAACGACAGUAAUCAUUCGCCCCAGGAGAGUUAUUUGGCUUAUUUUGGGAACAGGAACGGCAAGCAAUUUCGCAGUUCGCAUUUUAUGCCACGCGAUAAUCUCACGCAAAUAAAAAGCGGCCUUUUCCUGGAAUCCAGCCAGCAAGAACUAAAACUGUAUGACAAGCUUCUUGCCGAAACGUCGCACGAUGUCAGCCGCAUUCCGAACUACGUGGAACGACUCCGCUAUGACGAAAAAGUGCGACAUAAAUCCAGCAAAACAAGCAGUGCGGCUAUUCCUGAACAAAUGCUACUGACAGAGAACAAAAAAAUCGAAAAGAAAAUUGGUGGGAUACCGGUCAUACAAGACGGAGAAAAUACCUUUGACAACACAAAAACGUUCCUGGAGCAAGCAGCAAUAAGAGCCACAUCUCUGCCUCCUUAUCAUCAGCAUGGUCAGUACCGUUCCGCUGAAGGCUCAAAUAUCAAAGAAGCGGAAAUCCAGUUAAGAAGUCGCGUCAUGCGGGACAUAAUGAAAUUAAAUGAUUUCAGCCCACAGACAAUGAAGGAAAUUAUGGUAAGCCAUUUCGAUCGCCUUACCUGGCCAGAAGCAAAAACCACUACAGCCCUGGAAGCGAGUCAAAUUGCGAGCAUUUUAUCAUCAAUUUUGAUAAUCUGGUUUUAGUGUAGCACCCGUUGAUCACGAAUUUGGGAUUACGCUAUUACGAUGUACUUAACGGUUGCAUGCAUAGUAUUGCAUAAUGCCAUUUAUGUAAAUCUAUAGCGCUGCUCUACGAGCACACGACCAGUUAAUUCCAUAUGAAUUUUAUUAUGCAACUUCGACUGCAUAUAAAAACUGGCAAUACGGAAAUGACCAUAAUGGCAAGCAUGUUAUGAGAGGGAGACACAAAUAAAAAU